CCUAAGAUUCGCUCCAAUCGUAAGAGACUAAACCUAACCAAACCACGCGCAUACCUAGGUAGGUACCUAGGUAGGUAAGAAGUGCAAAAGGUGCAAUAAUAUGGCGUAAUAGUAGUACAAGUACAUCAUUGAGGUCUUUACUUACACCACAUGGAUGCAUGCUUAAGCCGAACAGUCGGGGUUUCAACCGCCGUUCCGCAUGGUGAGUGAGGUACCAAGUACCCUAUCCUCUAUGGAAUAUCCGGAACCUUAGGUAGGUACGAUGCAUAUCAAAGUGAAGAGUCUCCUAUGCUUCUAUGCUUCUAUUCUUCUAUUUAACAGGCUAGAUACCCACGAGUUCGGUAUCGUUUCGGAAAGCAACCAUCCUAUUUAUCAUUGAUAUUUUAGAAACAUGUCUCACCCUACCCAAAUCGAAUACCAAAAGGAUGGUCGGUUUACAAGACCUGAUAGCACAUUCCGCGAUUUCAUCUCCGCAGACCCUAGCUCCAAAUUCCCUGCUGAAAAAGGUCGCUAUGUGUUAUAUAUUUCCGGCGGUUGUCCUUGGGCGCAUCGCACCAACAUCCUGCGCUCCUUAAAGCGCCUUGAAGAUAUUAUUGACCUAUAUUACCUGAGCGCAUCCAUGAGCGACAAGGGUUGGUGGUUCGACGGCUCGAAUGGUAGUCUGUCGAAAGACCCUCUAUAUGGCUUUACGUAUCUACGAGAACUAUACUUCAAAGUAGACCCCAACUUUAACGGCAGGUUUACCGUACCAGUUCUAUGGGAUAAGAAGACCGAAACUAUCGUCAAUAACGAGUCUAGUGAGAUUAUCCGCAUGUUGUACUCUGCGUUUGACGCCUUCAUCCCUGAAGAAUUCCGGGAGGUUAAUAAGCCCGGAGGCGGCCUUUACCCAGAACACUUACGCAGGGAUAUCGAUGAGAUCAACGAAUGGGUCUACAACACAGUCAACAACGGCGUGUACAAGAGCGGGUUCGCUACCAAGCAGGAAUCCUACGAGGAGAAUGUAUACCCCUUAUUCAAGUCGCUCGACCGUCUUGAGGGCAUCUUGGCCGGUCACGGCAAGCCCUUCCUACUCGGAGACCAGCUCACCGAAGCCGAUGUGCGCCUAUACCCAACAAUAGUACGAUUCGACGCCGCGUACUACACUGUGUUCCUAUGUAACCUAAAGAGUAUCCGUCACGACUACCCGCACUUGAACAAGUGGCUACGCCGGCUUUACUGGGACGAGAACAGCAAAGUGACUGCUGGUGCCUUUCACAAGACUAGUGCCCCGUGGAUUAACUUGUAUGCCCACGGAUACGCAAACGCGAGGGCAAAGGUCGCUAAGAUCGACGGUCCUAUCAUUGUUCCUCGGGGCCCGGCAGUGCCUGUCGAGCCCCUGGCCGAGAAUGAGAAGAUAUGGUGAUCAUAUCAUGCAUUUAAACUAAACCAAUAGUUAUGAGGCACUGAGGCUCGAAUUAAAAGGCCAACAAUUGGACGGUGUGUCUGGAUGAUAUUCAUGUCAAUUUUUGUUUCAACAAAACCCAAAUUGAAACCCAACGCUUUGGGGCUUUGGGUGGGGAAGAGGAGGUAUCCUACUCUAGGUAGAAAUAGCCAUCCAAGUGCACUUUAGGCAAUUCCCUCCCAGUAUAGUGAGACUCGUUAAUUUCACUUGUUCUCAUUAUUCGAUAUUUUAAUGAGAAUA